GGAUCCCCGCCGGGGGCGCGGGGCGCUGCCCGGGUCUGCCCUCCCCACAGCGCACCUGGCACGCAGUAGGCGCUCAGCAAAUGCUUGUCCGAGGCACCAGCGCCGCGGGGCCUGCGGGCUGGCAUUGGCCUGCCCGGGCACGCCGUGGCGCGCUCCGCCGUGGCCAGACCUGUUCCGGGGGACGGUAACCUCAGCCCUCGGGCGCCUCCCGUUAGCCUUUCUGCCGACCCAGCAGCUUCUAAUUUGGGUGUGUGGUUGAGAGUGCUCAGCUGUCAGCCCUGCCUUUGGGGGCCGGCUCCCUUUCGCCUCACUGGGUCAUUAAGAGCAGGUGGGGACGAGGCGACACCCCCCACCCGCCGGGGCGCAGCCGCACAGGUGGGGCAGGAGACCCUGCAGUACCCCGGGCCGCAGGCCCUGAGGAGCGAUGACGGAAUAUAAGCUCGUGGUGGUGGGUGCCGGUGGCGUGGGGAAGAGUGCCCUGACCAUCCAGCUAAUCCAGAACCACUUCGUGGACGAAUACGACCCCACAAUAGAGGACUCCUACCGGAAGCAGGUGGUCAUUGACGGGGAGACGUGCUUGCUGGACAUCCUGGAUACGGCCGGCCAGGAGGAGUACAGCGCCAUGCGAGACCAGUACAUGCGCACCGGGGAGGGCUUCCUGUGUGUCUUCGCCAUCAACAACACCAAGUCCUUCGAGGACAUCCACCAGUACAGGGAGCAGAUUAAGCGGGUGAAGGACUCGGACGACGUGCCCAUGGUGCUGGUGGGGAACAAGUGUGACCUGGCUGCACGCACCGUGGAGUCUCGGCAGGCUCAGGACCUUGCCCGAAGCUACGGCAUCCCCUACAUCGAGACCUCGGCCAAAACCCGGCAGGGAGUGGAGGAUGCUUUUUACACGCUGGUGCGUGAGAUUCGGCAGCACAAGCUUCGGAAGCUGAACCCUCCCGACGAGAGCGGUCCUGGCUGCAUGAGCUGCAAGUGUGUGCUCUCCUGACACAGCACAGGCUUCAGGACGUGGAGGCGCCGCAUGCAGGGAGGAGGUGCAGACGGAAGAAGGAGGAGGCGGAAGGAAGGGCUGCGGGAGCCUCGCCACCCAGGGACCGUGGGCCGAGGUGACCGCAGACCCUCCAAGGGACGCUUUGCGCAGAUUGUCUUGAGCGUCCCAAACGCCACGGGAACCCCAGCCCUUAGCUCCCUUCCCAGGCCUCUGUGGGCCCUUGUCGGGUGCGGAUGGGAACACAGUAAAUUAUUGGAUGGUCUUGA